AUGGCAAUUUGGAUACACAUACAGACUGAAACGCAGGAGGGUAAAAGACAAGCAAAUAUCGGUAAAACCAAUGCUGCAAGAAACUUACUUGUUGGAGCUAUUGAUUUCGGUACAACCAAUUCUGGAUGGGCCUUUUCCUUUCUACACGAGUUUCAGACAGACCCUACGAAAGCGUCAGUGAGGCAAUGGCGUUCUGGCGGGAAUCUUGUUACAGAGAAAGUGCCCGCAUGUGUGUUGAUAAAGCCGGACGGAAAGACACUCGAGGCAUUUGGCUAUGCUGCUGAGGUGAAAUACAGGGACCUAACGGACAAAGGAGACCACGAGGACUACUACUACUUCGGAAGAUUUAAAAUGACACUCAAAAAAGAACUAGGAGAUGUAAGUACAUUAUCAGGACAUUAA